CUCCUCGCAGCUGGCCAGGCCUUGAGUCCAGAUCUGAACAGCAUGCAGCACGGAACACAAAGAAGCCUGUCCAGUGAGCUGUUUGAUUCACUGAAGGUGUACCUGAACAACAGCCAACGAUUGCAGCCCAUAAUUGGUCUGCGCAGCAUCACGGAAUGCGUGAAAGCAGGCUUGCGUGGGGGUGGCGAAGCCGUGUACCUCUGCGAGGUGUGCACGUCUCGCUUGAGCAAAGGUGACAUCCGCAACCACAUCAUGGGCAGCCUCCAUCGAUAUAAUUACACCAAAUUCUGGUACCCCCACCUGCUGUCGAACGUGAAGCAGAGUGGCACUGACAUGUCUCUGCUGGCCCGGCCUCUGAUGGACAUCGCCAGGGCGCUGGAGGACAAGGAGGGACCCGGGGACAUCAAGUUGCUGGAAGUUGAGGAUGCUGCCUUCGAGAUGCUAAAAGCCACCAGUGAUAGCGAGGCGAUAAACUUGAGUAGGUUCCUCAUGUAUGGAGCCGCCGAGCCAGAAAGCCCGUCGAACAACAGGCUUGAUGGUGGAGAAGAGGAAGAUUACAAGGAAGAGGAACACAGGGUGGUCAAGAUUGUCCACAUGGAGGCCCAGCUCGCAGAUGGUGAUGGUUCUUCCUGGGCCGGGGAACUCACUCCGAGCUUUGGCCACACCUUGCGCGAUCGGUACAAGGGAACGAAACCUCUCAUUGGUCUUUUCAGGGUAACUGAGUGCGUUUGCGAGGAGGACGCUCGCACUUAUUGCUUCCUGUGCCACUGCUGCCGGGCUCGGGUCAACACGCGGGCUUUCAUCCACCACGUCAGCAGCUCGAGCCAUGUGCGCAGCUACCUGAUGGAAACGCGGCGCGAGCUGGUGGUGGCCGCGGGACCAAACGCCCGCAACCACAGUCAGCUGAUGGACUCGCUGGCUAAGAAGGUUGAGCGCGAGGACGGACGAGGAAACAUGGAAGUGGUCAAAGCACCCCAAUUCCUCUGUGGACAACUUGCUAGCAAAAGUUACAAGUGGUGCAUCGGCAGGCUUUGGAAGAGCAGCCACCCAACUGUCCACAAGGGGAAAAAAGCCAAGAAGCGUACCUUUUACCGCUAUUAUCCCAGUGCAGAAGGCCCCAGAGUCAAGAAACAGGACGGCGGUGUCCCAGGCAAAAGUCGGGUGGUGUUCAAUGUAAGCCUUCCACUCACUGAAGGUUCGAUGCUGCUGGAGAGGACACCCUUCAGCCAAGAAAGUCCACCUCUUGACCCCCUGGAAUCAGACUUGGACUCUGAGCCCACCAACCUAGCCGAGGAAGACUUAAGCGUUGCUCACUAUUUUCAUCCGGCCAGAAACCACCGAGGCGAGGAUUCAGUUCCUGCCUCUCCCAACGAGUGGCAAACCGAGGUGCCCGUCGCUCGAGAGUGGUUCAAUUCCGCCUCUGCAGAGUGGUGCGAUUGGUCGCCGACUCCAGUUGAAAAGCACGAAAAUACACGCCAGGCCCAACCGCCGCCAGUCGCUACGCAUAUGGCAGGUUGUCACGUGCCGCAAACGGAAUUCCAAACCAAUGCCGUGAUUCAGACACAAUCUUGGACAUUACCGCAUCAGGCGGGUCCAGGCGACUUCCCGGAGUACCAAGACUACGGCGCCCCUCCCGGGUUGCACCUCCCAUCCCUAUUUGAUCCUGCCUCUGUCCCAUCCCACUACAGCGGUCGUGCCUGGAGCAAGCUGACUGUCCAAAAAUGAUCAAGUAUGCAACAUGCCAAAGAGAGUCCGCACAUUUUUUUUUUUUUUUUUGCAUUGAUGUUGACAUAAAGGCUGUUUUUUUGUUUGUUUGUUUUUCUGAAUCACCUGUAGAGUAAAAUCAGUAUACACUGGUUUCAAAAGAAAUUUUUUUUUUUUUUAUAUCAACUGGAGUUUUUCCAGCUCACAAGGGUGAAAAAAAA